AACUUACUCAGCGCCACAAUUCCAAAUUCAGAAGGCGAAGCGGAGCUAGAGAGAGAGAGAGAGAGGGAGAAAGAGGAGGCGCUGGCACCGCUAGAUAGAGAAGCUGCAGCGGAGACACACUCGCAUUGCUAUAUGCAGGGAUCGGGCUGGAGCCAGUGACACUCCCCUCCACACGGAGCGAUCACAGCCAAUUGGGAAAUUAAAACAAGAACAUCCAAACUUCAGUCUCGCAGCCCAUCGGCCGGGGGCAGUGGGGAGAAGACGCUGAGAUCUUGGGAGACUUUCUCGCUUUAUUCUCUCCCCAGUCUGUGAUUGUAACAUUUCUAUGUGAUUUAGAAACUCGGACGAGAUUUGUCAGCGCUGGUUGGAAAGCGCAGGAGUAGCGAUGGGGAAAGUGUUCGCAAGUUGCCUGCUGACUUUGGCUGCACUUCUGCCCGCGACAGCGAUUCAGUCGUACUCAGGAAGCUGCUCCUUUGAUGAACCUUUCCAGUCAUGCGGAUACAGUCAAGCUGAACAUAAUGAUCUUAACUGGGAGCAGGUGAACACACUUCUGAAGCCAACAUCGGAUCCAUGGAUGCCAUCAGGUUCCUUUAUGAUGGUGAAUACAACUGGAAGAUUUGCUGGGCAAAGGUCUGUGCUAUAUUUACCGCAGCUGAAAGAGAACGACACACACUGUAUCGAUUUCCACUAUUUUGUAUCAAGCAAGAGCGGGGCCCUUCCUGGCUCAAUGAAUAUUUAUGUCACAGUAAAUAAUGGCCCUAUGGGGAACCCAGUCUGGAAUAUUUCAGGGAGUGCUACAGGCACCUGGAACCGAGCAGAACUGGCUAUUAGCAUCUUCUGGCCAAGAUUUUAUCAGGUUUAUUUUGAAGUCCUCACAUCAGACCAGCAUGGAUAUCUGGCUAUUGAUGAAGUGAAGGUUCUUGGACAUCCUUGCUCCAAGACCCCCCAUUUUGUGCAUGUUCAGAAUGUUGACGUCAACGCCGGCCAGUCCGCCACAUUUCAGUGCACAGCAAAUGGAAAAACAUCUGCGACGGACAGACUUUGGUUGCAGGGUGCCAAUGGGAGGGUUGCUCCAUUAAAGGAUAUAAAAGUGCAAAAUAUCCGUAAUCGAUUUGUGGCUACGUUUAAUGUAGUGAACACAACGAAGAAGGAUGCUGGCAAUUAUCGCUGCAUGGUCCGUACAGAAGCUGGAGUUGGAGUAUCAAACUAUGCAGAAUUGAUUGUCAAAGAGCCACCUGUUCCAAUAGCUCCACCCCAGCUUUCAUCAGUUGGAGCUACGUAUAUGUGGAUACAGCUGAAUACUAACUCUAUCAAUGGGGAUGGCCCGAUCACGCUUAAAGAAGUGGAAUAUCACACAGUUAGUAGGAGCUGGUAUGACAUACAGAUGGUGGAUUCCAAUAUAUAUAAGAUAGGUCAUCUGGAUCCCGACACAGAAUAUGAGAUUAGUGUCUUGUUGACCAGACCAGGAGAAGGAGGAAGAGGAUCUCCCGGCCCUGCAUUGAGAACUCGGACAAAGUGUGCUGAUCCUAUGCACGGUCCACGUAAAUUACAAGUUGUGGAAAUGAAGUCAAGGCAAAUCACUAUCCGCUGGGAACCCUUUGGAUACAACGUCACUCGCUGUCACCGUUACAACCUUACUAUUCUCUACAAAUACCAAGUGGGGGGUCAGGAGCAAGUGAGAGAGGAAGUGAGCUGGGAUACGGAAAGUUCACACCCUCAGCAUACAAUUACAAAUCUCACCCCUUUUACCAAUGUCAGUGUCAAGCUCGUUCUCAUGAAUCCAGAGGGAAGAAAAGAAAGCCAAGAGCUUAUUGUACAAACUGAUGAAGAUGUUCCAGGUGCGGUGCCUCUGGAGUCAAUUCAAAGUAGCACCUAUGAAGAGAAGAUCGUCUUGCAGUGGAGAGAGCCUGCUCAAACAUAUGGCAUAAUUACUUCAUAUGAGAUCACCUACAAGGCAGUCAGCUCGUUUGACCCAGAAAUAGAUUUAUCCAAUCAAAGUGGCCAUGAUGUAAAGCAAGGAAAUGAAACACACUACCUUUUCUUUGGCUUGUACCCCGGCACCACGUAUUCCUUCACAAUAAAGGCUAGCACAGCCAAGGGCUUUGGUCCUGCGAUUACAAGUCAAUUUACAACAAGGAUCUCAGCACCUUCCAUGCCCGCGUAUGAACUUGAAACACCUUUGAAUCAGACUGACAGCACAGUGACAGUUAUGCUGAAGCCAGCGCAAAGCAGAGGAGCUCCUGUCAGUGUUUAUCAGAUCGUGGUUGAAGAAGAACGCCCUCGAAGAACCAAAAAGACGACAGAAAUGUCAAAGUGUUAUCCGAUCCCCAUCCACUAUCACAACUCUUCACUGCUGAACUCCCAAUACUAUUUUGCUGCAGAAUUCCUACCCAGCAGCCUGUUGUACUCCCUGUUAUUCACCAUCGGUGAUAAUAAAACCUACAACGGUUACUGGAACACUCCGCUUCUUCCGCAUAAAAGCUACAGUAUUUAUUAUCAAGCAGCUAGCAGAGCAAAUGGGGAAACCAAGAUAGACUGUGUCAGGAUAGCCACCAAAGCUGCGAUAAUCGUGACUCAGCUUACAACACCAUACAUUCGCAUCGCCCCUGCUGCAGGCGACGACCAACUAACAGGAGCGGCAACAAGCAAACCGGAUGCAGAACCAGAAAGCCAAUCUGACCACACAGUCAAAAUCACUGGAGGAAUAGCGGGAAUCCUCCUGUUUGUCAUAAUAUUCCUUGGAGUCGUCUUAGUCAUGAAGAAGAGAAGAAGCUAUAACUCCUACACUUACUACCUGAAAUUAGCAAAGAAGCGGAAAGAAACUUUGAGCAAUACGCGGCAGGAAAUGACAGUGAUGGUGAAUUCAAUGGAUAAAAGCUAUACUGAGCAAGGCACCAACUGUGAUGAAGCUUUUUCCUUCAUGGACACACACAAUCUAAAUGGCAGAUCUGUAUCUUCACCAUCCUCCUUCACAAUGAAAACGAAUACACUAAGUACAACAGUGCCCAACUCCUACUAUCCAGAUCCAUUUGUGCCAACUGCAAUCUUAGAAAAUCUGGAAUACCAGGACCAGAAUGGGAGUUUGAAAACCAGGACUGGACCAGAAUCUCAUGAGGAUAUGGAGUUAGUGCCAAUUAAUGACGAAAACCACACGAACAGUGAAACAAGCAGUCUAGCCCAGCCUCACACGUACAAGAAGCGGGAUCCAGUUGAUAUUCCAUACCAAACAGGGCAGCUUCAUCCAGCCAUCCGUGUAGCUGACUUACUGCAGCACAUCACACAGAUGAAAUGCGCUGAAGGCUAUGGAUUCAAAGAAGAAUAUGAAACUUUCUUUGAAGGACAGUCGGCACCAUGGGAGUCGGCAAAGAAAGAUGAGAACAGAAUGAAGAACAGAUAUGGGAAUAUCAUUGCCUAUGACCAUUCUCGUGUGAGACUCCAAAGCACUGAAGAAGAAGCCAGCUCAGACUAUAUCAAUGGAAACUUUGUUGACGGUUAUCAUAGGCCAAAUUACUAUAUUGCUACCCAAGGCCCAAUGCAAGAAACAGUAUAUGAUUUCUGGAGGAUGGUAUGGCAUGAAAACACAGCCAGUAUAGUCAUGGUGACCAACCUGGUUGAAGUGGGCAGGGUGAAGUGCUGUAAAUAUUGGCCAGAUGAUACCGAAAUCUAUAAAGACAUUAAAGUGACUCUUAUUGAAACUGAACUGCUUGCAGAAUACGUAAUAAGAACAUUUGCUGUGGAAAAGCAGAAAGGCGUCCAUGAAAUCCGAGAAAUUCGCCAGUUCCACUUCACAGGUUGGCCAGACCAUGGAGUACCAUAUCAUGCAACAGGGCUUCUGGGAUUUGUACGACAAGUUAAAUCAAAGAAUCCACCCAAUUCUGGUCCAUUGGUUGUGCACUGCAGUGCGGGGGCAGGAAGGACUGGCUGCUUUAUUGUCAUUGACAUCAUGCUGGAUAUGGCAGAAAGAGAAGGCGUGGUAGAUAUCUACAACUGCGUCAGGGAACUGCGUUCCCGUAGAGUUAAUAUGGUACAGACUGAGGAGCAGUAUGUGUUCAUUCAUGAUGCCAUUUUGGAAGCUUGUCUUUGUGGAGAUACAGCAAUCUUGGCAUCUCAGGUCAGAUCUGUUUAUUAUGAAAUGAACAAAGUGGACCCACAGACUAAUUCUAGCCAAAUUAAAGAAGAAUUUAGGACAUUAAAUAUGGUGACUCCAACUUUGAGAGUGGAAGACUGCAGUAUAGCCCUCUUACCCAGAAAUCACGAGAAGAACCGUUGCAUGGAUGUAUUACCGCCAGAUAGAUGUCUCCCAUUUCUCAUUACAAUCGAUGGAGAGAGCAGUAACUACAUCAAUGCAGCACUGAUGGAUAGCUAUGUGCAGCCAUCUGCCUUCAUAGUCACACAACAUCCCUUGCCAAACACAGUGAAGGACUUCUGGAGACUGGUCCUUGACUAUCACUGCACAUCCAUAGUAAUGCUUAAUGAUGUAGAUCCGGCACAGUUGUGUCCUCAGUACUGGCCAGAAAAUGGAGUACAUCGACAUGGUCCCAUCCAAGUGGAGUUUGUAUCUGCAGACUUAGAAGAGGACAUCAUAAGUCGAAUAUUUAGAAUCUACAAUGCCUCAAGACCACAGGAUGGAUACCGUAUGGUGCAGCAGUUCCAGUUCCUAGGCUGGCCUAUGUACAGGGACACCCCAGUGUCAAAAAGGUCUUUCCUCAAACUUAUACGGCAAGUGGACAAAUGGCAGGAAGAGUACAAUGGUGGAGAAGGUCGAACUGUUGUUCACUGCUUAAACGGAGGAGGCCGCAGUGGUACAUUCUGUGCAAUCAGUAUUGUAUGCGAAAUGCUUCACCACCAGAGGGCAGUUGAUGUGUUCCAUGCUGUGAAGACUCUAAGGAACAAUAAACCUAACAUGGUGGAUCUUUUGGAUCAAUACAAGUUCUGCUAUGAAGUGGCGCUGGAAUAUUUAAAUUCUGGAUGAAUGCACUGAUGAUACCAAUAAAAAUCAUUUGGUAAAAAAAACUUUCACCUCCAUCUCUGUGCGGAACAAUGCAAAUUGUUCCUUGAUUUUUGUGUAUAUAAAAUGAGACUUCAGUGUUCUGCUUAUUUUGCUUUUGUAUAAUUGGCUCUUUUAGGAGCUGAAGAGAAGUGUUUUGGAAACUGCUUGCACUGCCUUUUUCCCACAGUCAUGCUGCUUUUUCUUUUCUGACCCGGAUGCAUCUUGAAGUUUAUGGAUUCCAUAUCCAGAAAUAGCAAGAAGCCAGAGAGGAGCAGCAUAUUCAGGUGGCAAAAGAAAGAGCACAAUUACGUUCUUCUGAAGGAAUUUGUACUCUUCAGUUGUCGGUUUGUUUGUUUUUUUGUUGUUGUCAUAACUGCAGUAGUGUUACAUUUUGUUCUGUGAAAAAAAAUGCAGUCCAGCACUAUGACAAAAGUUUGGUUAUAUUUGUACCCUGAUAUGGUCUAAACGAAUCAUGAUAUAUGUAUUUUAUCUGUUUCAAACUGCAUUUUAACAGGCCACCUUUUUUAUUACAAUUACUUUAUUUGUAUUAUUUCAGAGGAACUAAGAUAAUUAAUUUGCAAAAAAAAGUGCAGGAUAAAUAAAAAGCCUAUCCAAAAUUUGCUCAUGUGUUUACGUUGUAUAUUAUAGGAAACAGUUUAUUUAUUAAACUUUGAAUAUUUUU